UAGAUGUGCAUUUUGAAGGAGUUGGCUAACAUUUAACUUAUUAAAAGAGAUAAAUGCUGAAUGUUUUAGAAGUGCUUAAGACCACUAAUAUAGGCUUUUGCAGGUAGAGCAACUAAUACAGUAGGCCUAGCCUAUAUAUGCUACUAAACCUGAAACCUGCUCGUUUUUGCAGGUGUGCACCUUGAUCAGCUAGAAUUAUCCCUUCUAAGAUGGAGCACAGUGUGGAUCUAGCUUCCUCUCCCAAUGAUCCCACCACUCUCACGGUCAUGGAGCCUUUCUCUUCCUCACCCCAGCACACAUUCACCAGCAGCCGACUGUCACUGCCACUGUCCCCCAUCUCUUUCCCUCCUUCUCCAAACACACUUUCUCCAGCAACAGCAGAGUCUACUCAUUCUUCCUCCCCUCUUUCUUACUGCACUGCUCAAACUAUUGAAGAACAAUCUAUACAAAGUGUGAGCCCUGCACAUAUUUCUGACCAAGAUGACUUGACCUGUCUUAGUUGGCUGCAUCAGCGGUGCAACUUGUUACCCCUUCAGCCUCUUCACAAAGUUACACCACUGCCCCAGAUUGAGUCAUCCGAGUCCAGUUGCUCCAUAUCCCAAGUCUCAUCCAAGCCACCGUAUUCUUUCAGCAGUUUAAUAUUCAUGGCCAUUGAAGACUCGCCUGGCAAAAAGCUGCCUGUAAAGGACAUUUAUGAAUGGAUUGUGAACAAUUUCCCUUACUACAGAACUGCCACCGGGGGAUGGAGAAACUCUGUCCGUCACAAUCUGUCUCUAAGUAAAAGCUUUCGCCGCAUCCAGAGGGACAAGAGUCAAUCUGUGGGAAAAGGCUCUCUGUGGUGUGUUUGCCCUGAGUAUCGACCAGCGCUUCUUGAGGUGUUACGAAAGACUCAUAGUUAUCACAGCACUAACAGUAACUUGAUCAAUAAGCCUGAGCUGCUUGAAGCUGGUGAUUAUGGUUGUCUUUCUAUAUGUGACACUGUGGAAAUAGCAGAUUCUCUUUCAGAUAGCAUUCUCCUAUCCAACCCCCAAACCCUGUGCACGGAAAACUCCAACUUUUCUGAUAACCAGACUUGCCAUUUAAACCCAGAUCAUGAGGAGCUGGUCACCAUGGAGUCUGUAGAUUAUCAACAGGAGGAGGUGUGUGAAGAGCUGGAGAAAGACCCACUGUCAGACAGCGGCUACAUUGAGUUACACUACUACCACACUCAGGAGUAUCUGGUGCUGCCCGGUGACCAUCAGCUCGAUCUGGAGACUGUAGAGAUUUUGCAGCUGGAUGCUGAGGCCCAAGAGGCUGCUGGGUCAUUGUUGGACCUGGCUGGUGGUGGAUAUUAGAAGAUGU